CCUCCGCGGCAUCCGUACAUUCUGCAGCUACGUAAACACCGGUUUGAAAGCUCGGCGCGGUUGGACUUGGUCGGUUUUGUUGUGAUUUAUACCCAGAAAGACCGAGGGGACAGUGAAACAAUGGAUUCUCCUGCCACAAACAGCGACGAGGGCGUAUUCAAGACCCCUAAACCGGUCCGGGUGAGGAGCUCCCAGUCCGGAAGCUCCGGUGGGACUCCCGUUAACAUCCCGGCAUCACCUUUCAUGAAAAAGCUUGGCUGUGGAACUGGAGUGAACGUUUACCUCAUGAACAGGGUGGGCAAACUGAACUCAUCACCGUGGGCUGUCAAGAAGAUCAACAGUAAAUGUGCUGCCAAGCAGGUGAAGGUUUACCAGCAGCGACUCAACGCAGAGGCAAAGAUCCUGAAGGGAAUCAAGCACCCAAAUAUUGUUGGUUUUCGUGCCUUCACCACGGCCAAAGAUGGCUCCAAGUGUCUGGCCAUGGAGUACGGAGGAGAGCAGUCACUCAACGAUCUGAUAGAGAUGAGGAGAGAGGAAGGCCUCAAGGCUUUCCCUCCUGCCACCAUAGAGAAAGUGGCGCUGCAUGUGGCUCGAGGCCUGCAGUACCUUCACAAUGAGAAGAAGCUGCUCCACGGCGACAUGAAGUCAUGUAACGUGGUCAUAAAGGGCGACUUCGAGACAGUGAAGAUCUGUGAUGUGGGAGUGUCUCUCCAGCUGGAUGAGAAUAUGAGAGUGUCAGACCCUAAGGCAGAGUACAUUGGCACAGAGCCAUGGAAGCCAAAGGAGACUCUAGAGGAGGGAGGGGAGAUCACUGACAAAGCAGACAUCUUCGCCUAUGGCCUGACUCUGUGGGAGAUGAUGUCGCUGGCCAUGCCUCAUCUGGAGAUGCUUGAGGAUGAGGAUGAAGAUGAGUCUGAGGAGGAGAGUUUCGAUGAAGAUGCCUACUACGAGAGGCUGGGGACCAGGCCUGCGCUGGAUGCCGAGGCUUUGGGUGACACCUACCGCAAGAUGGUGGAGCUCUUCUGCCUCUGCACAGAGGAGGACCCCAGGAAGCGACCCUCAGCUGCCCAGAUCGUCCAGGCUCUGGAGUCCAACACCGCCCUGGAGGAAACUCCCAGCGAGGUCAUUGUUAUUGACUGAGUCGCACACAGAGAUAUCAUCUCUGCACAAGCUAGUUUCAGGAUUUCUUUUUUCUUCCACCAGUGAUUGAUCUGGAGUGACAUGAAAGCCCCGAGUCAUUCUUAUCAAAUAAAAGUGACACUUCAUUGAUCCUCAGAGAAACUCUUUCUAACCACAAGAAGAGCACUUGGCAUGUUUGACAACAUGAAUGAAAAAGUUGCUCUUACAGCUACAAGUAAAGAAUGAUUUGAGUGAGUUUCAAAUUCAGUUUCAGUUAUGUGGCACAUUCCAUACAACUGAAUACAAUGCAGUGCACUUCACAGCACAUAUUGAAAAGCAUUUAAAGAAGAAAAAAAAAGGUUAUCAUCACUUUCCAGGCACUGAAUUAUUCGAAAUUUACAUGUCAAAAAUUAUUCUUUUAGAUUAGCAGCCAGGAAACCUUUUUUUUUCUUGCAUGUCUAGUAUAUUUUUUCCUUUACCAACUUAGACAGGCGAUAGAAAUGUUCUGAGAAAAGCCUGAUCUUGAAUUUGUGCUGCCCAGACAUGGAAACACCACCUCAAUCACUGGUAAAAAUCUCAUUUGACUUUGCGGUGAGCAGACGUUCACUGUAAUUACUGUAAUCUUCAUCACUUUUUUUCCUGUCCCUUUCAGCAGCACAUUACUCUCCUGUGUGUGUGUGUGUGUGUGUGUGUGUGUGUGUGUGUGUGUGUGUGUGUGUGUGUGUGUGUGUGUGUGUGUGUGUGUGUGUGUGUGUGUGUGUGCGCGCGCGCGCGCGCAUGCGUGUUUGUGCGUACAUAGGAUUCCUACAGAUUCUCUUCCUUUCCUCCAUCUGGUUGUCAGUAUGCUUACUUUCACUGUUAUCCUUGUUGAUGUUUUCUGUAUGGCCAUAAGUAUGUAUCUAUCAAUAACAUAAAUUACUUUAGCCUUGUUGCACGGUUAUAACUGAAAAUAAGCUCUUAGGUGCAUAUUUAUAUAUUAAAAAUGCACCAGUAGAGCCAGUGCCUCCCUCUUCGUUAAUGUAUACUAUACAUUACUGCUAUACUUUAGUAAGUUAUUAAUACAUUAUCUUGGAAUUGUAGGGUGAACAGGAAACUUGGUUUGCUGCAAACUAAAGUUUUUGAAUUGAACAAAAUAAGAUGUUUUUUACAUUUUUGAAAGUUCAUUUAUCUUCUUUGUCUCUGAAUGAUGUCUAUUCUCUCCUGUGUGAAUGUCUCUUCUUUUCUCUCAGUGCGAUGUGAGUCUCCGCUUUCUGUAUGAGUUAUUUGAUAUGGGUCUGUAUUGUAUGACAAAACAUGCACUGUACAUGAUUUUACAGAAAUGCAAUUAAAAUAUGUCAAUGCAAA